AUGAUGCUUCAUCAGAUCGUGAUUUUCCUCCUUCUCUGUGUAACCGUUCCAUUCGUAGUCGGUACUUUGGCCGGAAAGAGCACACUUUCCGAUCGCUACGAGCAGAAAAUCGAAAUACGGUUGAAGCAACUCAACAAACCCGCCGUUAAAUCCGUCCAUGUAUGUGAAUGUCCUGAGAACACCAUUCCCAUCAGAAGAACAACAAGAGAUGAUCUUUUGAGAUCAGAUUCCAUCGAAAACUAUGGAAGAAAGAGCCCACCAACUAUUUUUCACCACGACGGUGCUCAGACACAGGAAGUUCAUGAGCAUGCAUGUGUGCAAGUCGACCAUGGUCGAUUCCAUGGCAGUAAGAGCCGUAUAAGUAUAUGGAAACCGAAUGUUCUAACGACGAGAGAGUUUAGUUUGGCUCAAACAUGGGUCGUCAAUGGAGAACGGGUCACUGGUUUGAACACUUUGGAGUCUGGUUGGCAGAGUGAUACAUACGGAGAAACCGGUUGCUACAACCUCGACUGCCCUGGCUUCGUUCAAGUGAACAGAGACAUUUCCCUUGGUGCAGCUCUCAACACAUUCUCGACUUACAAUGGUGACCAAUAUGAUUUCGAAUUAACAAUCCAGAAGGAUCCAUACACCGGACUUUGGUGGCUGAUCUUUGAGACACAACUAGUCGGGUACUGGCCUAGCUCUAUAGUCCCAAAGCUAGCACACUCAGCACGUAAGAUCGCAUGGGGAGGUGAGAUUGUAUAUUAUGCUAGAGGAGGAGGGACACACACGCAUACACAAAUGGGGAGUGGCCAUUUCGCAGAGAACGGGUUUAAGAAGGCUGCUUAUAUCAAUAACUUGAAGUUCAUCAAUACAUAUAAUAAUCCGAUAUCACCAUUUCCGCAAAGUCUUGAAGCUACCGUGACCCGUCCUGAAUGCUAUAACCUCAGGAUUGGCUCUAGCCAGAGGUGGGGAACUUAUAUUUUCUAUGGUGGACCAGGACGUAACCCUCAAUGCCUAUGA